AUGCCGGGAAAUGAGCUUUCGGAUAUGUUUCACAGUAUUCCACUCAUCACACGAUACUGGUUCUCCGGCACGAUUUUGUUUUCACUCCUCGGAAAGCUCGGCAUAAUUGAUCCAAUGCGGAUGAUUUUAUUUUGGGAUGGUGUACAUAAGUACGAGAUAUGGCGACCCAUCACAGCUCUUCUGUUUUAUCCCAUCAACCCUUCAACAGGAUUUCACUUUCUGAUUAACCUGUAUUUUUUGUAUUCGUACUCCUCAAGAUUGGAAAAUGGUAAGUUUCGCUUCCCACAAUUUCUGUUGGAACCAAUGGUACUAACUGUCAUCUACAUUUGGAGUCAAAUGAAUCGCGAUGUCAUUGUGCAAUUUUGGUUUGGCAUGCAAUUCAAAGCAAUGUACUUUCCGUGGGUUCUGGUCAUAUUCAACCUUAUUGUUCGUGGAAGCGUCCUGAUGGAAUUGACUGGAAUUGUUGUGGGUCACAUGUACUACUUCUUUACUUCGCAAUACCCACAAGAACACGGAGGUCCAGUGCUCCUGAAGACUCCAAGUUUUCUCUACCGUCUGUUUCCGAAUCAGGUUGGUUUCGUUGCCGGUUUUGGCCAAGCACCCCGAGCUAGAGAAGCACCUGCUGCCCCUUCGGCGCCCCGUUUUCCCGGUCGCGGGCAAGCCCUUGGUCAUGAGUGAUCGGUCAUUUGACCAGCCUUGUUCUCCACCCAGGUCAUCUACUCCCUCGUCAAUGUACUGCACACUGACCUGUUAUGUUUUCACAGCUCCUGUGCACUUGUGCGAACAUACGGGUGCAACGCUGCAAAUUUUCUUGUUCAUUUGAUUUCGAUGCUGAGAUGUACAUAAGUGUCGUUCGGGUUAAGUAAACUGUUAGUUACCAUGAGCGC